AUGGCCACCGCCGUCAUGGCCACCGACACAGACGCCUCCUCGGUGCCGACAAACUCCCAGGGCACCGAUGCUCCUACGCCCAUAACCAGUUCCGGAAACGACGGCACCAGCCGGCAAGGCGAGGACGCCGGCGGCUUCACAUUCGGAGGGUGCUGGGACGCCAGCAGCGCCGCCUGUCUACCCUCCUCCGUCGCUGCCGCCGUUGCAUCUGCAUCAUCACAGUCGAUGACAUCGCCGUCAUCACAGCACUGCCAGAAAAAGCGUAAAAUCGAAGACGCCGAGCUGGAUCCUCGACUUGCGGGCCUCUGUCCCACGUCGCGCAGCAUCGAGGAGCUCGCCAAGCGCUCCCUCGACCACUUUCCCUGCCCCGACCUGCUCUUCCCGAUGCCCGCCCUCGAGUUUGACUUUCGCAUCGCCGUCGCCCUCAACCCCGAGCUGUCGCGCUCCGAGAGCAGGGUCCACAAGGAGAUCAUCACCGUCACCAGCGGCUCCUGGUCCGGAACCUUUGGCAACGGCCGCGUCUUGGCUGGUGGAUAUGACCUGGGCCAAGCCCGUGGCUUCCGCCCGAUCCGCAUCGUCGAAGGCGCCUUUGUCCUCCAGACCGACGAAGCAGCCCCUGCUGUUUUCGAGAUGCGUACCCGCGGCUCCCUCUCCGGCCCUUGCAACGUCCUCGACGUCCUCUUGAGCCCUCGCAAGGCCAAGGACAUUGACCCGCGCCAGUACAGCUUCCGCAUGUUCUGCACCGUCAAGGCCGCAGACAAGCGCUACGCCGAGCUCGUCAACUGCGGUCUCUGGGUCGCCAGCGGCGUAUGGAAAGGCGAUCAGCUCAUUAUUGAUGCUUUCCGUGUCACGUAA